UGAGCCGUCGUCCGUCUCCUGGCCCACGUGAUCGAGCUUUAUAAAAGGAGGAGCGCACAGCCUGCUGGUUUACUAGUCGCGUAGCUCGGUUGAACGGACGCCGUAACAAUGGCGUCAACGAGUCGUGUGGAACCGAGAGUGACCUGUCCAAAUCAUCCGGAGGCCGUUCUGGUGGAAGAUUACAGAGCAGGGGACAUGAUCUGCUCAGAAUGUGGAUUAGUUGUCGGUGAUCGAGUUAUUGAUGUUGGCUCUGAAUGGAGAACUUUCAGCAAUGACAAAGCUACCAAAGAUCCAUCUCGAGUGGGAGACACCCAGAAUCCUCUUCUAAGCGGUGGAGACCUGAGUACAAUGAUUGGAAAGGUAUAUCUCAUGGCCCAUGCUGGCUACUACACGUAUGUAGUACACAUAUAAAUCUACACAGCGAUUCUCUGUAUAGCCAUUUUGUUCAGCGGCAGUCUUCAACUGGUGGCUCUUCAGCUGCUGCGAAACCACAACUGCCGGCUCUAGUCCGGAAAUGCUGGGAAUUGUAGUUUCAGACUAACCUGAAUUGAGGAGGUGAGUAGACGCCUGGACAGGGGGGUGGCGGAGGAUGUAAUGUUCUUGGAUCUGGCAGAGGUAUUUGAUACUGUUCCUCAUAGACGUUUAAUGGGUAAAAUAAAGGUCCAUAUGCUUAGAAACUACAGACUGUAAUUGGAUUAAAAACUGGCUGACGGACCGUGUCCAGAGUUGCGGCCAAUGAUUCCUAUUCUGAAUGUUCCCGGGUUAUAGGUGGUGUACCCCAAGGUUCAGUCCUGGGUCCUCUAUUAUUUAUUUAGUAAUGAUAUCGAGGAUGGGAUUAUAGCAAUGUUCCUAUUUUAUGCAGAUGGCACCAAGCUGUGUAGUACUAUGCAGUCUAUGGAAGGUGUCCAAACACUACACAGCUGACUUGGGCAUCCACUUGGCAAAUGAGUCGGUGUAAAUAAAUGUAAAGUUAUGCAUCUUGGUAGUAAUAAGCUACGUGCAUCAUAUGUCCUAGGUGACGUAAAACUGGGGAAGUCACUUGGAGAAAAGGAUUUGGGUGUCCUUGUAGAUUAAAUAACCGCAUACGAUGUCAAUCAGCUGCUUCUAAGGGCACCAGGAUAUUGUCAUGUAGUGCAUGAGGCAUGGACUCGCGGGGCAGGGAUGUAAUAUUACCACUUUACAAAGUUUUGGUGCGGCCUCAUCUGGAAUAUGCAGUUCGGUUCUGGGUGCAAGCUCAUAGAAAGGAUGAUCUGGAGAAAGUACAAAGGAGAGCGACUAAACUGAUAAGGGGUAUGGAGGGUCUUGGAUAUGAGUACCAUGUGGCCAUAAGGACCAUAGCUACCUCUUGUUAACUAAUUAAGACUGCACUGUUGAGUCAAUCUACAUUGUAAAUGGACGCGCAGGCAUCAACAAUGCAGCCCAACUAAAGCCUGCAGUCUUCAUUAGUUAGCAAGAGCGAGCUGUGGCCGCAUCGGAACUGGGAAAUGAACGCGCAGUGUGAUAAGCUAUAUAAUGUUAUGUAAAUGUGUAGAAUUCUGGUUUCCCACUCCCCUUCCUUUGACCCCUUCACAGCAUCCAUGGCACCUAUACAGCGUAUGUCACGUCUUUAACGAUGGCAU